GAAGUAUUAAAUGACUGCUUAAGAUUUUGAUUUUAUUAAAUUCACUGUUAUUUCGUUAAUUUUCCUCGAGUAUGUGAUACUAGUGUAUGGCAUUCCAAAAUUAUCAACUGAGGGAUGUUGAGACGUACCGAUCAUUUUACAAUAGACGACGUUUGGAUACGAAUCACACAACAGAAUCGUUCGAUUCUGGAUUUUCAUCGUUAAAUACUCAUCUAAAUGGUUACCAAACAAAACUAAGACGUAAUUUACAGAUAGAUGGCGUUCUUUGGUGUUGUACCUUUAUUCUAACUGUGUGGUACUUUAAGCUUCCACUACCAUUAUUAAUUGAUGUACGAGUCGAUUGGUUUUUCUUAUCUUGUUCAAUACUUUGUCAGCUCUGCUUCUUUUUGAUUGGUCUAUAUCUUUGCUCCAAAAAUAAUGGGAAUUCGGCAGAUAAAUGGCCCAUAAUCUACCCGAAAUUAUUUUUUCUGGCUAUUAUCCUGUUCCUGUCCUCUUGCAUAAUGUUUUGCCUUGCAACAUGGAAUUUAUGGAGUUUCUGGUCGAUUUAUAUUGUACUUGUUACUUUUAUGUUUACCACUGUUGUAAUAUCAUUUCUAUAGCACCAAAAUUGAGCAUAAGUAUCUUUUAUCGGAAGUUCAUAUAUUUGUAGUUUAUUAUCUUUUCU